AUGGCGGGGCUACAGCGGCUGCGCGCUUUUACCACAUGCGAUAUCGGCGACGCGCUGGUUAAGCUGAAAUAUCCGUUCGGCGGCUUCCUGGACGGCAUCAAGAUGUACUCGCCGGAUGCCGCGUCGGCCGCUGCUGCCACGAAGACAGUCUUUGGGCCCGCCGUGACUGUCAAGAUGAUCGAGAUGAGCGACCGGCAAGCCCCGAGCCCGCCGCGGCAUUUUGCCGACUGCAACGAGGCCGGCAAGAUCAUGUACAUCCAGCAGCCCAAGGGGCUGUACUCGGCGUGCUGGGGCGGGCUGAUGUCGACGCGGGCCAAGAGCAUGGGCGCCGCGGGCGUGAUGAUCGAUGGACGCAUGCGCGAUGUCAGAGAGCAUCGAGAGAUGGGGUUCCCGGUAAAUCGAGUCUCUACUUCAUCCUCCCCCCUCCCCCCACUACCCUUCUCUUCCCUUGUCGUUACACACGCAAGUCACCGUGGCUAUACCAGCUCACAAAGGCUCCUCAAGGUCUUCGCCCGCGCCACGUCCAUCCUGGGCUCCUACACCUUCACGCGAGCCUCCGAGAUCAACAUCCCGCUGCAGUUCCAGGGUGACCUGUGGAUCCACCCGGGCGACAUCCUGGCGGGAGACGCCGAUGGGGUCGUCGUCGUGCCGCCGUCGCUGGUGGACCAGGUCGUCGCCCUGUGCCAGGAGCGGGCGGACAUCGACGAGAAGACGUUCGCGGCAUUGCGGGCUGGCGAGGAGAUGGGUCCGACCAUCAAGCGUCUUCGGAAGGGGUGA